ACAUUGCCUUCCUCAAGCAGCAGUUGCUGUGAGCGUCAGAAAUUCUUGUAUACAAAUAUAAUUCUGGAAUCAUCGUCGAUCAUUUCAGAAACUAAAAUGCGUAUCACAGCGGGAUUAUUGUUAAUUAUUGCCACUGGAGCGCUGUGUGCGCCUUCCGGUUCCCAAGGCGGUCCAAGAGCAGACACCUGCGGAAAGGUCGCUAUUGGUCAACGCAAUAAUGUGCAAAGUUUCAUCAACAAGAUCGUCGGUGGAUCAGAAGCGACACCAUACAGCUGGCCAUGGCAAGUUGGGCUUCGGUUAAGGCUCCCGGGAAACAGCCCAAUAUUUUUCUGUGGUGGCUCCAUCAUUGCUAAAAAAUGGGUUAUUACUGCUGGACAUUGUUGUGACUUGGAACAACUGCACCCGGCGUAUGGGGGAUCUAUGGAAGUAUUCGUUGGGACACACCGAAAGCAGAAUGUCCAGUACAAUGACGUAUUUGCAGUUAGACGAUUCAUUAAGCAUCCCUACUAUUCCAUGACCCCCAUGAUUGUCAACGACAUGUGUUUGCUCGAGCUUGAACGGGAGCUCACUUACAGCAUGCGGGUACAGCCAGUUUGCUUGGCGCAAGGUGAAUGGCCAGCGGGCACCGAGUGCUUCGCGUCGGGAUGGGGUAGCAUCAAUUUCUCACCCUCGACAUCCAUACAGCCCGAUGCACUGCAGGAGACCAACGUUCACCUGGUCUCCGAGUCCAGCUGCAGACGGACGUAUGACAUCGUUCCUAAUAUCAACAUCGGCGACCACACCAUUUGCGCCCUGAAACACGGAGCUGGACCGUGUAAGGGUGAUAGCGGUGGGCCGCUUGUGUGUCGCCGAGGAGAUCGCUGGGAGUUGGUCGGAGUGACAUCUGCGGUCUCCAUGGCGGGCUGUGGUCAUCCAUUCUUCCCCACGGUUUUCGCUAAUGUGGUGACCUUUGGCGAAUGGAUAACUUCUUACACUGGCACCCUACUGUGAUUCCGAACAUUUUGUUGGUUUUACAACAGCUGGAUGGCGCGGGAACUGUCUGUUUUAUACUUUUAGGCAGAUCUUUGCCCGUAAAGGGUUGCUGGCCUUUCGUCACAUUAAACAAUUUACUUAUUGUUAGUUAGUCAAAUUGAUUCGAUAUUGGUUCAGUUCUGAAGUUGUGGAAAUUGUUUGUUAAUUCGAAUUCUGCAUGUUGAAAAAUUUAAGAAAAUUAUGAAAAAUGAAGACAUUGUAUAAUAAACAUAAUAACGUGA